UUAUGGGAAUUAUUAUCCCUGAUAAAUUCAAGCCACACCAGCACGGCUGGGUCGGCUUCGGAAGAUAUUUUGAGGCGUCGCACGGAUUUGAUCAUUACGCAACUGACCAAUGCUGAAGCUUUGAUCUUGUGA